AUGGAGCUGCAGCUGCAUCUGGUUCUGUUUCAGUUUAUGCUGCUAUUAAAGCAGCAACAUUAUGAACACACACAACCAAAAAUCGGAUUCGACCCUUGUUUAUCCUCCCUUGAAGCACAAGAUGGGUCGGAUGCGGGAAAACUAGCUGAAGCAUUUGUCGCACAUCAUAAAACGACAGCAACUGAUGCCAAAGGAGUACUAACGUCCUUAAAAGAUUCUUUUUUUCAAAUCCGGUACAAACGACGUAAUCAUCUCGCAUUACAAGCAUACUGUGAAGAACUUUCAACUUUCAUUAAAACCACAGCAUUUAAGAACGAAUUCAAAUCCGCCUUUGAUUCUGCUCGGCUAAACUGUUUGACAAGACGAAGCGCGUAUCAAAAUGCCCAACGCCUAUCUUUGAUCGAAAGUAAACGAUAUGCUGCUGAACUUGACGCAGAACUAGUUGGUACAUCAUCAUCAUCAUCAUCAUCGCCAGUAGCAACAACACCAAUAUCAGUAUCAAGUUCUGAGCUCACGAGAAAGCGUGAACAUGAUAAUCUUUAUGCUGACGACGCAACAGAGCAUCCCGAUCAUCCUUCAAUUGGAACAGUGAUCAAGAGACGUGCGAUCGAUCUUCAUGACACUUAUCAACAAGGCACAAAAUUAUCAGAAGCAGAUCGUAAACUGAUGAGCUCUGGUUUAUCUUCGAUCCUUGACCUUGUCGAUCAAUCAAAUACUGGUCAAGCUAAAUGGUUUGCUGAGCACGCCCUUGAUACAACAUCUGACUUAUUACUGUCGAAACUUCAAGUAGCAAGUUAUAGAAUGCCAUUGGAAGUCACGAAAAAUUGGAAAUUGGUAUCUGCUCUGGCCAAAAACAACAACGAUCUUACGGCUGCAAGAAGUUUUUUGGCAAAAUGGAAAAGCGGAACAAAGAAUAAUCAUUUAUACAAGAUUAUCAGUGUCAUGGAAGUUUUUAUCGACGUGUUUGACAAGCAGCAUUCUUAUUUCACCAGCACUUUAGUAUCACGUUGGACAGAAUAUGACUAUUUAUUGAAAAUAUGGGGCCCGAUCAUUGAAGCAAUCUUGUCAAUAAAUGGCGUAGUCCGACUCAAAGGUACAUUACCCACCACGAGUAAAGGCGAGCUGUACGACGCUGAUAAAAUUCGCGCAUUCAAGAUCGACUUACGUUUCAUAUACGAUACUGAAAAGGAUGAAUAUGAUGUUGGUGCUGGGGAAGCAUCGAUGGAACCAGCAGCACCGAAACUUUUUCAUGAUCUGGGAAAGCUCUUACGUGAAGGGAAGGACGUUCUUGAUGGCAUUCUGGGUUGUACAUUGGAGGACGCUACGGCAGAGAGGGCGAGCGGUUGGAUCAUUCAGAUUUGUGGUCUUCAAGGCCAAAUCUCGUCACUGCAUUUAAUACGAAAGGGACUUUAUGUUGCGAUACCCUUAUGGUGCAAGCACCUUAUAAUCCGCAAAUUUUUGGGUAAUCUUUGA